AUGUAUAGUGUCAAAGUGGUCCGAAAAGUUGUGGUUUGGUUGGCACUGUGCAGCCUAGCUGGUGCGGACGAGUACGACUUUAUAAUAAUCGGUGCGGGCUCGGGUGGCUCCGUUUUAGCCAAUAGACUGAGCAGCGUCGCCGAGUGGAAGGUACUUUUGCUCGAAGCGGGCAAGGAGGAGAUGUUUUUUCUCACAGACAUGCCCCUGAUGGCACCCAUCAUGCAGAUCACCGACUACAACUGGGGCUUUAAAACUGAGCCGAAAACGGGAGAGGAUGGCUACUGUCUGUCGAUGACCGACGGCCGAUGCAAUUGGCCACGGGGUAAGGCCCUGGGUGGCACCUCGGUCAUCAAUUUCAUGAUUUACACGCGCGGCGCCAAAGCUGACUACGACGAGUGGGAGGCCCUGGGCAACCCUGGCUGGUCCUACGACGAUGUGCUACCUUACUUUUUAAAAUCGGAGAACAGCAGGCUGAAGUGGCAAGACAAAAGAUACCACUCGACAAAUGGUUACUUGGACGUCUCCAACGUCCCGUACACGUCGAAACUCCGCAAGCCCUUUCUUCAAGCGGGAAAGGACUUUGGGUAUAAAAUUAACGACUACAACGGCGAAAGGAUCCUCGGGUUCUCCCCGGUGCAGGCGAACCUGCGCAACGGCCGGCGCGUGAGCGCGGGAAAAGCCUUCCUGCAACCGAUCCGCCACCGGGAAAAUCUGCGCGUGUCGACCUCGUCCCGAGCCACGAAAAUCCUGAUCGAGCAAGAAACCCGCCGAGCGUAUGGGGUGCGCUUCAUCGACGGUCAGGGCCAGCCUCGCGUGGCCACGGCUCGACGAGAGGUGCUCCUGUGCGCCGGAGCCCUCGGUUCGCCCCAGCUGCUCAUGCUCUCGGGACUCGGGCCCAAGGACCAGCUCGAGCCCCUGGGCAUUCGACCGCUGGAGGAGCUGCCCGUCGGCUACAACCUUCAGGACCACGUGAGCAUGGCCGCCCUCACCUUCACCGUCAACGCCAGCGUCACCAUAGUCGAGCCGAGGCUCCUCGUCAAUCCGGCCUACGCCCUCGACUACCUCUUUCGCGGCGCCGGCCCGCUAACCGUCCCCGGCGGGGCCGAGGCUCUCGCCUUCAUCGACACCAAGAAAAUUUUGGGGGAUGCGGAGGGGAGCCCGGAUUACCCGGACAUCGAGCUGGUGUUGGGGAUAGGGGCGCUGACGGGCGACGUGUCGGGGGGCAUGCGGUCGAUAUUGGGUCUGAGCAAGGAGUUCACCCGUCAGGUGUUCGACCGGUACUUGGGACAGGACGCCUUCAGCAUCGUGCCGGUGCUGAUGAGACCCAAGAGCCGCGGUCGCGUCAAACUGCGCGGACCCGACCCCCUCGACCCGCCCGUCCUCGAGGCCAACUACUACGAGCGCCAGGAGGACGUGGACACCAUGGUCCGCGGGAUCAAAGCGGCGAUAAGGGUUGCGUCGACGGAGGCGUUUCGUCGGUUCAACGCGACGCUCCUGCCCCAGCCGUUCCCGGGUUGCGAGCACUCGAGGUUCGCCAGUGAUCCUUACUGGGCGUGCGUCGCCCGUCACGUGUCCACCACGUUGGGGCAUUUCACGGGCACCUGUCGCAUGGCGCCUCGGGAGUACGGUGGCGUCGUUGACGCAAGGCUGCGCGUCCACGGGGUCAAGGGACUGAGGGUCGUCGAUGCGAGCGUCAUGCCCGAGAUUGUCGCCGGGCACACUUGCGCCCCGACUUACAUGAUCGGGGAAAAGGCCGCCGAUAUGAUCAAGCAGGACUGGGGGCGUGCGCCCGUAGACUGA